CCCGUUUUGGAGCUCUCAGGGCUGCAGUUAUACCCUUCUCUGUUUGAGAGCCAUGUUGAAAAUGAGUUUUGUAGAAGGAUCAGUGUUUAGACUCGUGUAAACAGCAGAUAGAGUCAGAGAGGAAUGCACUCAGAUAGUGAAGACACAAAAAGCGCAGAAUCAGAACAAUGAAUGCUGUAAGUGUUGUGGAACUGCUCAUUGUGGUUUGGAGCUUCUCCGCUGUCUGUGAAGGUUAUGAUGAUGAUUUCAUAGUAAGCUGUCAGAAUGUGACUGGAUCUAUGAGGAAAGAAGUAACUCUCACCUGCAGCGUCUCUCUGCAGAUCACUGAAUGCUGCAUUAUAAAGUAUAAGUUUCAAUACCCUGAGAUCUAUAAAGACUCUGCAAUCUGUCGUCAAGAUGUUCCUGUGAACUCCUGUGAACAGAGAAACAGUUUCACAUGCAGCUACACUCCAACUACAGCGAUGACAGAACAAUUCAGAUUCUUUGUGCAAACAAAGUGUGGAGUGAAAGGAGGAGAAUUUGCUGUGAACAUAACAGAACCCAUGAAAGAUGAAAUAGACACUGAAGCUCCUGGAAAGAAAGAAGAACCUGUUGGGGACAUAUCAGAAACAUCUGAACAGAAGAAACCGGAAGAUCGUGGAUUUAAGAUCGCUGUCAUCGCUGCUGUUAUAAGCUGUUUUAUCAUCAUCAUAAUGCCCAUCAUUUACAGAUUGACACAAAAACACACCAACCGGAACAGGACUCUUCUGAGUGUCAGAUAUGAAGAAGACGACAGCAAUCAUCCAGAAACAAAAACUGAAAAUAUGAUAUAAUAGCAGUACCAAACUAAUUUGUUUGUCUUAUCAUACAGUGCUCAUAAAAGACACAAGCUUUAUUUGAGCUCCAGCAAACUUCUCUACUAUCUGUUAAAAUUUAAACUACUAAACUUUAUAACUCUGAUUGCAAAACUCUGUUUCUGUUUUAUAUUAAUUUCUGUGAAAUAAUGAUAUAUUAUAGAUCUGUUUGAUCAGUGUAUUUAUAGUUCUUUUUCUGCACAUGCAAUUUCUUAAUAGUGUGAACCGUAAGGUUUGUACAGUGUGU